AUGACUCCACAAUUCGAGAAUGGUACUAGAUUUCAACCAGGAGAUAUCGUCUUUGGCAUAAGAUACCUAUUCGGCUUGCUUGUAUAUUAUCAUGCUGGUGUGGUUUUAGAAACUGACAGUCAGGGCAGAAUAAUUAGAGCAAUACAUUGGGACCCUGCCUUUGAUCAACAGCAGGGAGUGUUGACUAUUGACCGAUAUAUCUUUGGUUAUGAUGCUCCACCUGUAAUGUUGGAAACUGUCGAAGCUGUAGAGAGGAUUUUUCAACCAGGACACACCAGAAUUGGAAAAAGAAGAGGAGGAGACCCUAUUGAUAUUGCCCAACUUUUACUAAGAGCUGAACAAGCCAUCAUCGAUGGCAACAGAACAUACAUAUUGUUUUUUAAUAAUUGCCAACAUUUUGCCCAUUAUUUGGUUUACCAAGAACACCAUUCACCCGAUGCAGAAAAGGGUAUAGAAUCAAUUCGGAAAGGGUUUCAAAUUGCAACAAGAGUAACUGGCUAUGUUCUUGACGAUCUUGUUCCUAGUAUUAAAGUCCAACCUUUUGGAAAUUUCAUUGUUCGAGCUUUCAUUCUUCUCCUCAUAAAUCUUAUUCUCGUCGAUGGUUUUCGUAGCAUCAUUCGCUGGUGCAGGCCUGUUGGACUUCCUUCUUAA